UCAUGUGCCAAGAUGGAUGUCACCCUCCAACAUGAGUGACAGUCUCCCAGUCACUCUCUUCCUGACAGGCAUGCCAGGGCUGGAGUUUGCCCACCUCUGGAUUGCCGUCCCUUUCUGUGCCAUGUAUCUGAUAGCACUCCUGGGCAACGCUGCCCUCAUCCUCGUCAUCAGCACAGAGAGUGCUCUCCAUGCGCCCAUGUACCUCUUCCUCUGCCUUCUCUCUCUCACGGACCUGGCUCUCAGCUCCACCACUGUGCCUAAAAUGCUGGCCAUUCUGUGGCUUCACGAUAAUGAGAUCUCCUUUAGCGGUUGCCUGGCCCAGAUGUUUUGCGUUCAUUCUAUCUAUGCUCUAGAGUCCUCAGUACUCCUGGCCAUGGCCUUUGAUAGAUACGUGGCUAUCUGCAACCCGUUGAAAUACACAACCAUUCUCAACCACACUGUCAUAGGCCAGAUUGUCUUUGCUGGCAUGUUCCGUAGUGUGGCUAUCGUCUCCCCCUUCAUCUUCUUGCUGAGGCGACUGCAUUACUGCGGUCACCGUGUCAUGGCUCACACAUACUGUGAGCAUAUGGGCAUUGCUCGACUGGCCUGUGCCAGCAUCACUGUCAACAUUGUUUAUGGGCUGACUGUGGCUUUGCUGGCUAUGGGUCUAGAUUCCAUCCUCAUUGCCAUCUCCUAUGGCUUUAUCCUCCGUGCUGUCUUCCGUCUUCCAUCACGUGAUGCCCAGAAGAAGGCUCUGAGUACCUGUGGCUCUCACCUUGGUGUCAUCUUGGUUUUCUAUAUUCCUGCCUUCUUCUCCUUCCUCACCCACCGCUUUGGUCACAACAGAGUGCCCAAGCAUGUGCACAUCUUCCUGGCUAACCUCUAUGUGCUGGUACCUCCUGUGCUCAAUCCCAUUAUCUAUGGAGCUAGAACCAAGGAGAUUCGGAGUCGACUUUUAAGACUGCUUCACCCGGGGAAGGGCUCGGUAUGAACUCUAAGCAGACGUUGGAGAUGA